AUGGAGUUGGCCAACAGGACCACAGUUCAGGAAUUCAUUUUGCUGGGCUUUGAGGUUGGGCAGCCGCAACGACUCCUGCUCCUUGGCUUUUUCACUCUUCUUUACAUGAUCACCAUGGCUGAGAACAUCACCAUCAUCACACUGGUGGUUCUGGACACCCACCUGUCCCGGCUUCCCAUGUACAUCCUGCUGAGCAACUUCUCCUGGCUGGAGAUCUGUUACGUGAGCACCACUGUGCCUCGGAUGCUCUUUGACCUGGCCUCGUCCCACAAGACCAUCUCCUUCAGUUCCUGCUUCCUCCAGUUUUACAUCUUCUUCUCUCUUGGCAGCACUGAAUGCUUCUUCCUCUCAGCCAUGGCCUUGGAUCGGUACUUGGCCAUCUGCCACCCACUGCGAUACCCACAGAUCAUGUCCCCAAACUUUUGCUAUGCCCUGGUAACUCUUUGUUGGGUCCUUGGCUUCAUGACAUACAUUGUCCCAGUGACACUGAUCUCCAAGAUGUCCUUCUGUGGCCCUAAUCUCAUUGACCAUUUUUUGUGUGAUCCUGGACCAAUUCUAGCUUUGGCUUGCCCUCCCCUUGCAACUGCUCCUCUCAUCAGUCAGAUUUUCAUGGACGUGUUGGUGAUCCUAGGCAAUAUCGUGUUCGUUGUGCUAUCCUACGGCUCUGUGAUUGUCACCCUGGUGAAAAACUCUCGCAAAGGCAACCGGUUAAAAUCCUUCUCCACCAUAUCGUUUCACUUAAUGGUGGUGACUCUUUUCUAUGGCCCAGUGGCAGGGCUCUAUGUCAUGCCAAGUGGAGAAAUCAAUUCAAGUGUCAUUAAGAUAGUAACACUCUGCUAUACUGCCAUAACACCCUUCCUUAACCCCAUGAUUUACUGCCUAAGGAAUGAUCAGGUGAAGGAAGCACUGUGCAGGCUGUGGAGGAGAAAGGCAAUAUUUUUUAAGAGAAAGGUGGCAGUGUGA